GUUGCUGCGAGCGCGUGUGUGUGCGUACAAGCAUUUCUCUUUCGAAAAUGAUCACCACUAAAACGACACUCAAAGCUGUACGAAAGAAAAUUUAAAAUAUCAAAAAAAAAAAAACACGCCGCGUUUGUGACACAUGCUUUACGACGCUUGCUAUCAUGUAAACAGUAGAAGAAAAUGUAACCAUUCGUUGCGUAAUCGCGGCUUCGAGACAGCCAGGAAGCGAAAUGUCACGAUCAUCUGUAAUGUGGUAAACAAGCACGGCCACUGGAAAGUCAUCGCAUAUUUUCGUAUGUUAGGUUUCGUCUAGUCACACGCUCCCCGAAAGCUAGGAUGCGGCAAUCAGAAUAACCUGCAAUCAAGCAAGAAAAAGAAGAGCGGUCAGCCCAGGCCUGUUGUGUGCACAAUCAUACAACUCCCCAACCCACCCCUCCCCCUCCUCACCUUAUCAAACGCGCUACAACAUUCGGCAGCCUAAGAUGUGUCGACACUGGGGCGAGCGAGGAUAAGAUGUCUGCACCGAUCAAACGUAAAAUAACACUAGAACUCUCGAGCAAAAAGUCCACCCUCAUCAAGGAUCGACCUAGUGUAUUUCAGCGGCUCGGAACGAAGAAAAGCGCCCGUAUCGGUGCGUUAUCCCAGCAACAACAGCAACAGCAGCAGCAGCAACAACAACAGCACUACCACGCUCAGGAAGGCGGUGAAAGUAAGGAAGAAAUCGUCAAACGAAUCGUUUCAGCCACAGACGAACCGGCAGCGAACGCGAGCUCCGUUCCAGAGAGUGUAGCGGCUCACGCGCGAUUAAUCCAGGCCCAGCUAGCCGCGAAACACUUGAAAGCGAACAAACAGAGCAGUUCGACGGUCAGUAGUAGUGCCGGUGGUGGGCAUCAGGCAACCAUCGAGCCGGGAAGCGGGGUGGUGAAGCUGUACUACCACCAGAGCGCCACCCAUCACCAUCACCAUCCGCAUCCGUACGGGAAGUACCGGCACGAGCAACCGGAUCAGGAGCAACACCCGCACCGUGAGGGGCAGCGGCAGCGGCAGCGGUCUCGGACCAGCAGCCGGGUGCACAGUCUUAGCAGUGACGCGGAACCGGAGCGAAGCGGGGGAACCGGCACGAUCGGGUGGGACCAGUCGUCCCUGGAGAAUGCUGAUCAAGCCAUCCUAGAGCGCAAGCGAAAGGAACUCCAGCACGAGCUGAAGCUAGAGAUGGACGCCAGCUCCGGGAAGAAGAAGGACGGGCGGGGUGAGCUGAGUAGCAAGAAGCUGAAGAAGCUCGUGGGUGGUUCGCAUCGAUCGCAGCAGCUGGCUCAGCAGCAGCAGCAGCCGCAGCAUCAGCAACACCACCAGCACUCGUUGCAGCAGCAACACCAGCAACACGGGCACGGUCACGGGCACGGGCAUGGGCAGCUGGCGCAGCAGCACCACACCUCCUCGAGCACGUCCGAGAGCACGAGCAGCACCGGAACGGACACGUCCGAGUCGGAAUCGUCCAGCUCGUCCAGCUCGUCGUCGCACGAUUCUGCUCGCCGGCGGCCCAAGAAGCGCCACACGAUGGCGGUCCGUGUCCGGCGGGGUGAUUCCAGCUCCAGCUCGGAAACGGGUGCGGUAGCGGGCAGCGGCGUGGGUCCGGUUUCAUCCAGCGUGGCCAGCAAACUCUCGAAGAAGCACGCCAAAAAGCUGGCGGCCGCACACGAGCAGGUGGAGCGCAGCAAGCGCAUGCUCGCGAAGGCCAGCAAAAGCGCGAGUGGCGUCGUCGUUGGUGGAACACUGCUCACCAAGACGAUCCGCGUGAAGAAGCUCCAACCGGGCAGUCCCGGUGGGGUCGGUGGCGGUGGCAGCACUGGAAGCACCCAUCACGUCUCCCGGAAGCUCGUGCGCGAGCUCUCACCCGCGUCCGGCGGGAAGGUCCUGUCGGCGAAGUACGCCAUGAAGGCGAAACUGCUCGGUUCGGCUUCAUCCUCCUCGUCCUCGAAGAAGGAGAAAAUGUCGGCGUUGGAUGCGCGCGAGCGCGUCCGCGAGAAGGAACGCGAGCUGGCGCUGCGCGAGAAGGAACGGGAGCGCGAAAAGGAACGGCUGCGUUUGCGCGAACGCGAGCGGGAACGCGAACGGGAACGGCUCAAGAUGCGUCCCGCUUCGCCAAGGAUGCGUGUCGCUGCCGUUUCGCCGGUUUCGUCGCGUGGUGGCGGUGGCAACAGUGGCGGUUCGUUGCGUGAACUACAAGCGAAAGCCAAGAAGAGCCCCGAGCGGCGGUUGUCGUCUCCGAUGGGCACGCGGUACCGCGAAAUGGUACCGUUGAGGCGGGAACGUACGCCGGAACUGACACGGGAAGAACGCCGCCGCCACGAGGCACUGAAGGAACGGGAGCGCCGCGAACGGCAGGAUCGAGAGCGUGAGGUGCUGCGCAGUAAGGAGCGGGAAGACGCACUAGCUCGUUGCCAGGAGCGGCAACGGGAACGAGACCGGCUUACGGUGAAGGAGCAACAUCAGCAUCAACACGCGCAACCGCAAGCCCGUAGUCUUCGGCGGGAUAAUGAUGGUGGCUUAGAGAAACCGGAUCGUCAUAGACCCGUCGAGCGGUUGCUUCCUCGUCCGGCUGAGCGUGCUAGAGCGCUGGCUGCGGCUCGAUCACCGGGCAAAUCCGUGGAUCGGGAUCGCAGUCGAUCACCCUGUUCACCGGGUGCGUCACGAGGAUCGCGAGGACUCCGCGAACGGGAACGCUCGUACGAACGGGCAGCUUACAUGAUGGAUCUGCAUGACAGGCGUACAUUGAGUCGGUCACGAGAGCGGGAGUACGCCACGAGCAUGGUGUCCCCACCGAUGCGAUCGUCCCGGCGGGAUUCACCGCCACCGCAUUACGAGCGGCAUGCCGUGAUGGGACGCGAUUCGGCCGGUGGUGGUGGCAGUGGAGGUUCCGGUGUCAUGCGUGUCGAUUACCGCGUGGAGCGGGAUGAGUGCGCUUACGACGACCGAAUGUUGCUCGGAACUGGUCGGGGUGAGCGCGGACCGGGUGGUGGCGGUGGUGGACGAGAUGAGUACGUUCGGGAUUAUCCGGAUGAUCCGCCACCGAGGCGGGAACCGCACCAUGAGCGAGCGGCCGCCUGGGAAUGCGAACCAUCGGUACGGGUGGACCGUGGGGGAAGGUACGAGUCGCGGGGUGAGCUGGUUGGAGGUGACCGCGGACGGGGUGAUUGGGGUGAUCGCGGGGAACCGCAUGGUUCGAUGGAUCCGGAUGGUCCGUAUUCGGGCGGAGGUGGUGGCGGUGGCAGCGGAUCGAGAGCGUGGGAUGAUCGGCCCUCGUGGAAGGAAGGACCCGGCGAUUCCUGGCAUCCGGCGGAAAAGUCCGAUCGCGGGAUGACACUCGUGGAUUGGAAGUACAAGGAGCGGCAGUGGGAGCAUGAGCACGUGGAGCGGGGUGGUGGUAACCCGUCCGUUCCACCAUCUCACACCGGUGGCCAUGGUGGUCACGGUGGAUUGGGUGGACAUGGUGGCGUUGGGCAACCAUCCCGUCGAUCCUGGCAAGCCGCAAAUGGUGGCGGCGGUGUUUUAGGUGGAGGAGGAGGAGCUUCCGGUGUUGGCGGUGGUGCAGGUGGACCGAGUGAUUGGCACGGACCAAAGGGAGGCCCGAUUGGGGAUCACGAGCGUGAUUUCAUGCCACACCAACGUCCUGUACCACCGAACGAACGCGCCAUGUUCCGAAGACAUCACCACCAGGGACCGUAUCAUGGACAUCCCCGCAAACCACACCUCGGGGUAGGUGGCGCAGGGGGUGGUGUGGGUGGUGCGAUGGGUCCGGGAGCGGGAGGUCUGAAUCGCUUCACACCCAACAAGUAUAGCCUAAAUCGCACGCAAGCGAACCUUUGCGAUCGUCCCGGAGGAAUGGGACCAAAUCAAUCCCCAAGCCACCAUGGACAUCCUCACCGACAAACACCUCCAGUCGGUGGAGGUCCUAUGCAUCAUGGCCCUGCAGGAGGAAUGCCACACGGUGCGAAUCAGUCUCCAGGUGCAACACCACAACAGCAGCAAGGAGGUGGCCAACAGCAUCACUCCAUGCACGCAAUGCAAGCGCAACGCCAGCCAGUUGGUCACGAUCCUCACCUGCAUGGUGAUCAGCAACAGCCACCUCCACAGCAGCAGCAACAAUUCCAGCAACAGCAACACCACCAUCACCACCAAGCUCCUAAUCAUCACCAACAUCACACAGCUGCAAUAUCGCAUCAACCAUCAGGACCUGCCCAUCGACCGGGGACAUACGAUGGCGAGAGCAAGCUACUUCCCGUUGCUGAUCCGGUUGUCCAGCACCGGCCCGUCCUGCUUGACGAACCGGCGAGUCCUUGUCCGGAGGAAGACUCCACGACGGGUACCGUUGGUGUUGCGGAAGGUGUUCGCGUAUCUGCAGGACCAACUGAACCAUGCUCACCGUUGCCAAUAGCCGGAGCUGGUGUACCGGGUGGUGCAACACCUGCAUCACCGGUGCCGGAAGGUGUGACCGAUGCUCAAGCGCUACCAGAUUCGAUGGAGGUGGAUAACCUGAGCGAAAUAAGCGAUGAUCCGGAUGAUAUUCUAACGCGUGAGGAGGACAUGAGUUGCAAUCAGCUAUGCGACUCCAUCUCGACCGAUCAGAGUGCUAGCAGUCAGCAGGUGGAGCUGCUUGGCCAGGACACUGAGGCGGAUGUUACAGGAAUAGCAACCGAGCACCUUCAGCCUACCGUUGCUUCAACUCCUUCAGGUGAAGGUGAGACCGUACCUGGCGAUCCAGCGGCAUGUGUAGGAGUCGCCGCAGGACCUGGUUCAGGUGGUGGUGCGAUAGUACCGGAGCGUACCACCGAUCAGUCUCAGGUUGGUCCAGAACCGGUCAAGGAUGCCGGAAAGCUGAACGCGAACAAGGAGUUAAAAGAGGAGAUGGAUCUUGACUUCGAGGAGAUAUCGGACGGUGAGCUUGAGGCGGAAGAAAGCAGUAAAUGCCGCGGGCUCGGUGAUCCACUCGGUGUUGACUGGGGCAGCCUAACACAGGAAGCGUUGCGCCCGCUUAAACCAGUCAAACAGCUCGACCAGCAGUUCCCGGUUUCUGCUCGGAACCGAUGGAAAGCACACCACAUCCUACUCGACAUCGGCAUCUCUGUGCGACUGGCUGGAGCUAACUACGCGCAGCGCGUGUUGACGGAGUCGAAGGACAAAUUGCGCGAGGAGUUGGAUGAGUUCCGGGCGGUUGAAGCCGAUACGCAGCGUGAAGAAAGCAAUGUAGCGGCAAAGAGGGGUUCACCCGAAUCGACGGAGAACGCAGGUGUCGAGGAGGAGAGUGCCGAGGAUCUCCGGAUCAAGUCGGAAUCAUCCGACGAUCUGCAGUCCGUUGACCAACAGCAGCGAUCGGAGCACAACCCGCAAGCGGUCACCUCGCAAAUCGUGAGCGGGAUCGAACGGGAACUGGACUAUAUGGAUCGUAUCCUGCACCCGAUCGCAUCCGUGCAUGUGGCAAUACGUGAACAAGCUCGUUUGCGGCGUAACCUGAUCCUUGCUGCCGAACCGAUUCCUGGUCAAAGACAUCAGUGUGGUCGAGCGCUGAGUGCACGUCAGGAUCUGCAAAUUCGCCGGCAAUUGUGCGGCUUUCCGUCGGUUACUAUGGCCACGAUGACGGCGUGUGCGGCUGGUGCAGCGACCGGGUUUCUGCACCAGGAACUCCAGGCCGAUGCAACCCUCGGUGGAGGCGGUGGUACGGUUCGACCUAGCCUUCACGAGCAAAUUGCGCAAAUGUACCGGCAGAUAAAGGCGCAUCAACAGCUGCUGCAAUCGCAGGGUAUCUGUACGACGCUGGCAGCGGUUUAAAGAUUCAAUUUCCAUUUGGGUACGAGCGUCGUCGUUGCUGGGGACUGGGGAUUGGCGCGCAGUUUGAACGAGUAACGCGUCUAUUAAUAGAUUUU